AUGGCGGCCUCCGCGGUGCGCUGGGCGGCGGCGCUGUGGCUGCUGCUGGUCGUGGCGGCGGCGGUGGUGGCCGGGCGGAGCCAAAUGCGGGUGCUGAGCGACGGGACCUGGCGGGACCUGCUGGAGGGAGAGUGGAUGGUGGAGUUCUAUGCUCCUUGGUGUCCUGCUUGCCAGAAGUUGCAGCCCGAAUGGGAAAGCUUUGCUGAAUGGGGAGAGGACCUCGAAAUUAACAUCGCAAAGGUGGACGUGACGGAGCAGCCAGGGCUGAGCGGGCGAUUUAUCAUAACAGCGCUCCCCACCAUCUACCACUGCAAAGAUGGAGAGUUUAGGCGGUACCAGGGUCUGCGGACUAAAACGGACUUCAUCAACUUCAUCAGUGACCAAGAGUGGAAGUCCGUUGAGCCUGUUUCUUCUUGGUUUGGCCCGUCUUCAUUCCUGAUGAGCAGUAUGUCAGCGCUCUUCCAGCUGUCCAUGUGGAUCAGGCACUGCCACAACUACUUUACGGAAAACCUCGGCCUGCCAGCCUGGGGGUCCUACGCCAUCUUUGCCUUGGCAACGUUGUUUUCGGGACUUGUGCUGGGGCUGAUAAUGGUGUUCCUGGCUGACUGUCUCUGCCCCUCCAAAAGGACCCGGCCACCUCCAUACCCGUAUCACAAAAAGUUGGCCGAGUCUGCAGAGCCCUGGAAGCCGCUGGGAGAAGAGAUCGAGCCCAGAGACGAUGACGUUUCCCAGGCCGAGCCGGAGCACCACGAGCCGCUCGUCCCGUUGCCAAGCGCACUGCGGCAGCGAGCCGCGCCCCCCGCCGCAGGAGCAGAGAAGUCGUAGCAAACCCCACCCCCUUUCGCUCUCCCGUGUUGCUCUUCAGUGGCCGGUCAGACUCGCCCGGAGAGGGGCGCGCGUGUCCUCCCUCCCCAAGAGAACUGAGAGACGCAACCGUUUUGGGGGAACAGCCUUCUGCGUGAAAAGCCUCUUAGGGGCUCUUGAAAAAGUUGUGUUGGAUUGUUCCUGAAUACCCAGGCAGAGGGGCGUCCGUAAGCGGGGCUUCGUCGAUACGUUGCGGGAGGCUUCCGGGUGCGUUCUUCCCCAGGAUCCUGGCUUUGGCGGGUCAGCUGGGGGGAGGGGGGCCCGCAGAGCCUCUAGCCACAGCCGGGACUUCUCUGUUUCAAAACAAAACACAAAACCCUCCCCCCGGCUGCUGCUGGUGGGAAGAAGACCCUGCAGCCGCCCCCUCCCGCAUUCACUGGCGUCACCCAGGGGCCUCUCGGAGGGGGUCCCCCCUGUAGUGUUAUCAAAGGUUUUGUCCAAAACAGCUGAAGGGGGGGGGCUCCGAAGUGAGCACUGAGUUGGCAAACCAAAAUAUGGCAAAGUGGUUUUGAAACCGAGAAACGUUUCAGUAGCGGCUGGGCGGGGGGGGGG